AACUGCGCUUCAUUGUCCUGUUUUACAUCUGUGGUAACCUUGGCAACAGAUCACCGGAAGUCAUCAUGUGGGAUUAAUCAGCUGCACCUUUGUGGCGUUAAUGAACCAGAAUUGUAACCCACGUGUUUCAUAAGGACGGGCUCCUGUCUCCAGCAGAGAUGCGUGAGGUCUCAGCCCUCCACGCAGCUCUCUGGCUGUUCGGGACAAGUUUCCGUCUCCAUUCUUCAGACUUCCUGUGCGGAAGCGUCCGGAUUCUCCCGCUGCAGCACGAGACGCGCAGCUGUGAUUGAUUUUAACACUACUAGUUAAAAUAUUAACUAGCGUGCGACUAACUAGUUGAUGGGUGAAACUAUGGGAUGUAUCGUCAUGGCAACAGACCAGACGUCACAAUCUGGGCAUGUGUGUUCCAUUUUUGUCUUUCUUAUUUUUCAGACUGCGAGACCUGGAUAGGGAUCUGUGGAAACCUUCCUAAUGUUCAUUUUUCUACAUGUAUAUUUUUGAUCUAAAGGGAAGAUUUUUCUAUUAUUUUCGCUGCAAAUUAAAGAAAUCCCGGCAGCGGUGAACAGAGAGUUGUUAUUGGCUGAAGAGCGGCUGGGCUGCGGCGUCUGGAGGGUUAACUUCCAGUUUUCCCAGCCUAAAAGGGGCUUUGGGGGCUAUGAGAUAAAGAUGCCGGGCUCGCUGAGUAAUGAGGACGAGGGACAGGACGACAUGGAUUUUGAAGACGACGUGCCAGGUGAGGAUGAUGAAGCUGAGCGUAACACUGUUCCCCUCACACCCCUCGCCAGCUUCUUCUCCGAUGACGACUCCCUCAAACAGCAAAAGAAGAAGAAGCCCAAAAAGAUGAAAGAGGAGAAAAAUUCCAAAGUUAAGAAGAGGAAAAAAGAGGUAGGACUCCUCCCCAGAGUGGACAGCGACCUGGAGGGAAUCUCGGAGGUGGAGGAGCAGCGGGAGCAGACAGAGAUCGGCUCUGAGAGCGAGAGCAGCGCGUACGGACCCAUCAAGAAGAAGAAAAAGAAACCCAAAGAGAAGAAAGAAAAGAAACCAAGGAAGAAGAAGAGGGACGAGGAGGAUGAUGAUGAUGAUGAUGAUGAUAGUAACAUGAAAGAACCUAAAUCAUCCAGCCAGCUUAUGCAUGAAUGGGGUCUUGAGGAUGUCCAGUACGGUUUCACUGAGGAUGACUACAAAACCAUCACCAACUACAAGGCUUUCAGCCAGUUCCUCAGGCCUCUCAUUGCCAAGAAGAAUCCGAAGAUUCCCAUGUCAAAGAUGAUGACGGUGUUAGGGGCCAAGUGGCGUGAGUUCAGUGCCAACAACCCAUUCAAAGGCGCAUCUGCCACUGCUGUGGCUGCUGCUGUGGCUGCCGCCGUGGAAACGGUCACUGUAGCUCAGCCAGCAUCUGUGAGCAGUGGCCAGCUGAGCAUUCAGCAAGGGCCAAUCAAAAAAGCCAAAACCAAAGAGGGAAAAGGACCAGGAGUUAGAAAGAAAAGCAAGAGUGCAAAAGAAGCAAAGAAGAAACCCAAGCCGAAGAAAACUAAAUCAAAGUCAGGUCAAAGUGGGAAGAAGAAGAAAGCGUCCUCCAGUGAGGAGGACUUCCUGGAGGAGUCAGACUUUGAUGACAUCAGUAUCCACAGUGCCUCGGUGCUUUCUGAUACCUCAGGGGCUGCCACCAAGAAAAAGGCCCGGCGUGGGCGGAAAAAAAGGAAAAAGGAGGAUGGCGAUGGCUAUGAGACGGACCACCAGGACUACUGUGAGGUUUGCCAGCAGGGUGGAGAGAUUAUCUUGUGCGACACCUGUCCACGGGCUUACCACCUGGUCUGUCUGGACCCUGAGCUGGAAAAAGCACCUGAAGGAAAAUGGAGCUGUCCACACUGUGAGAAGGAGGGAAUUCAGUGGGAGGCCAAGGAUGAGGAGGAGGAGGAAGAGGAGGCUGCAGGUGAGGAGGAGGAUGACCACAUGGAGUUUUGCAGAGUGUGUAAAGAUGGAGGAGAGCUCCUGUGCUGUGACACGUGCCCUUCGUCCUACCACAUCCACUGCCUGAACCCACCUCUUCCUGAGAUCCCAAACGGGGAAUGGCUGUGUCCUCGCUGCAUGUGUCCUCCUCUCAAAGGAAAAGUUCAGAAGAUUCUGCACUGGAGGUGGGGAGACCCUCCGCUGCCGUCGGAAUCUCCUGCACAUCCUGUUGGCAAGCUGCCUGAUCCCAUGGCCAAGCCCCCCCUCAAGGGCCGCCCAGAGAGGGAGUUCUUUGUAAAGUGGGCUGGCCUGUCGUACUGGCACUGCUCCUGGGUCAGCGAGCUGCAGCUGGAGCUUUACCACACGGUCAUGUAUCGGAACUACCAGCGCAAGAACGACAUGGACGAGCCCCCGCCAUUUGACUACGGCUCCGGAGAAGAGGAGCUCAACAACGAGAAGAGGAAGAGCAAAGACCCCCAGUACGCUGUGAUGGAGGAGCGCUUCUACCGUUACGGCAUCAAACCAGAAUGGAUGGUUAUCCACCGGAUGGUGAACCACAGUUUUGACAAAGAUGGUGAUGUGCAUUUCCUGAUCAAGUGGAGAGACCUACCAUACGAUCAGUGCACGUGGGAGAUGGAUGAUUUUGACGUUCCGGAAUAUGAAAUACAUAAAUCGUUAUACUGGGACCACAGAGAGCAAAUAUUAGGAGAAGACCAGCGCCCUCUGGUGGUCAGGAAAGGAAAGAAGCAGAAAGAGGACUACCCAAAAAGAGAAGUCCCUCCGGAUGCUCCUAUCAUAGAUCCAACCAUAAAGUUUGAGCACCAGCCCUGGUACAUAAAUGCCACUGGGGGAACACUGCACCCGUACCAGCUAGAGGGACUGAACUGGUUGAGAUUUUCCUGGGCUCAAGGGACAGAUACCAUCCUGGCCGAUGAAAUGGGCCUCGGGAAGACGGUGCAGACGAUCGUUUUUCUCUACUCGCUGUAUAAGGAGGGUCAUUCCAAGGGGCCGUUCUUGGUGAGCGCUCCUCUCUCCACCAUCAUCAACUGGGAGAGAGAAUUUGAGAUGUGGGCUCCGGAUUUCUACGUGGUGACGUACACUGGAGACAAAGACAGCAGGGCAACCAUCAGGGAGAACGAGUUCACGUUUGAAGAAAGCUCUGUGAAGUCUGGACGCAAGGCGUUUCGUAUGAAGAAAGACACACCUAUCAAGUUCCACGUGCUGCUGACAUCCUACGAGCUGAUCACUAUCGACCAAGCCAUUCUGGGCUCCAUUACCUGGGCCUGUCUGGUGGUAGACGAGGCCCACAGACUGAAAAACAACCAGUCCAAGUUUUUCAGAAUCCUCAACGGCUAUAAGAUCUACUACAAGCUGCUGCUCACUGGAACUCCUCUGCAGAACAAUCUGGAGGAGCUGUUCCAUCUGCUGAACUUUCUAACACCAGAGCGCUUCAACAACCUGGAAGGCUUCCUGGAGGAGUUUGCUGACAUCUCUAAAGAGGACCAGAUAAAGAAACUCCACGACCUCCUCGGACCUCACAUGCUCAGGAGGCUGAAAGCUGAUGUCUUCAAGAACAUGCCAGCCAAGACUGAGCUCAUCGUCCGAGUGGAGCUAAGUCCCAUGCAAAAGAAAUAUUACAAGUUCAUCUUGACACGUAAUUUCGAGGCUUUGAACUCCAAAGGUGGAGGGAACCAGGUAUCCCUGCUCAACAUUAUGAUGGACCUUAAAAAGUGCUGCAACCACCCCUACCUGUUCCCCGUGGCUGCUGUGGAGGCUCCUGUUUUACCCAAUGGUUCUUAUGAUGGUAACCUGCUGGUGAAGUCCUCAGGAAAACUGACGCUGCUUCAGAAAAUGUUGAAGAAACUGAAAGACGAAGGACACAGAGUUCUGAUUUUCUCUCAGAUGACGAAGAUGCUGGAUCUGCUGGAGGACUUUCUGGAGUUUGAGGGUUAUAAAUAUGAACGUAUUGAUGGGGGGAUUACUGGAGGCCUUCGGCAGGAAGCCAUCGAUCGCUUCAACGCUCCAGGCGCGCAGCAGUUCUGCUUCCUGCUCUCCACACGAGCUGGAGGUCUGGGCAUCAACCUGGCGAGCGCGGACACCGUCAUCAUCUAUGACUCUGACUGGAAUCCGCACAAUGACAUCCAGGCUUUUAGCAGAGCCCACCGAAUCGGACAAAACAAGAAGGUGAUGAUCUAUCGCUUCGUGACUCGGGGCUCGGUGGAGGAGAGAAUCACUCAGGUGGCAAAGAGGAAAAUGAUGCUGACUCACCUGGUGGUGCGGCCUGGCCUGGGCUCCAAAACGGGCUCCAUGUCCAAACAGGAACUGGAUGACAUCCUCAAGUUUGGAACUGAGGAGCUAUUCAAGGAUGAAAUGGAGGCAGCACGAACAAUGGGUGAUAACAAAGAUGGUGAGGAGGGAAAUGUCAUUCACUACGAUGAUGAUGCCAUUUCCAAGCUGCUGGACCGAAGCCAGGAUGCCACGGAGGACACGGAGAUCCAGAACAUGAACGAGUACCUGAGCUCCUUCAAAGUGGCCCAGUAUGUGGUGAAAGAAGAAGACGGAGAGGAGGAGGUGGAAAGGGAGAUCAUUAAACAAGAGGAGAAUGUGGACCCAGACUACUGGGAGAAGCUCCUCCGCCAUCACUACGAGCAGCAGCAGGAGGAUCUGGCUCGAAACCUGGGAAAAGGCAAACGCAUCCGGAAGCAGGUCAACUACAACGAUACGACGCAGGAGGACCAAGAAUGGCAGGAUGAUCUUUCAGACAAUCAGUCGGAGUACUCUGUGGGGUCUGAAGACGAGGACGAAGACUUUGAAGAGAGACCUGAAGGUGGACGCAGACAGUCCCGUCGGCAGCUCAAGAACGAGAAGGACAAGCCUUUGCCACCCUUGCUGGCACGAGUCGGAGGGAGCAUCGAGGUCCUGGGGUUCAACACUCGUCAGCGGAAAGCCUUCCUGAACGCCAUCAUGCGCUGGGGCAUGCCUCCUCAGGAUGCUUUCAACUCACACUGGCUGGUUCGGGACCUAAGAGGGAAGAGUGAGCGGGAGUUCAGGGCCUACGUGUCUCUGUUUAUGAGACAUCUAUGUGAACCGGGCGCCGACGGAGCAGAGACCUUUGCUGAUGGAGUCCCCCGCGAGGGCCUCUCCCGUCAGCACGUUCUCACCAGGAUCGGAGUCAUGUCGCUGGUCAGGAAAAAGGUGCAGGAAUUUGAACAUGUGAAUGGGAAGCUGAGUUCUCCAGACCUGAUCCCAAUUGGGAUGGAAUUAAAGAAGCUGACUGAAAGCGUGUCCUCUGAUCCCAACACCCCUGUGCCAGCCAGUCCUGUUGCCACCCAGCCUGGCACCCCCGUCCCACCAGAGAAGACAGAGUCGUUGGCGGGUGUGGCUGAGAACAAGGAGACCACAGAGCUAGAUGGGAAGAAACAUCCAGACCAGGAACAGACUUCCUGUGUAGAGCCUCCAUCUCUACCUGAGAAGGUUGCUGACAGCAACGACUGCAAGGCCAGCUCAGAGGAGAAAGCAGGAGACGAGAGGAACAAAACCAAAUCCCCCGUCACAAAGGCCGAGCCAUCUGCUCACCCGAAAGAGUCUGCUUCCAAGCGGACGGAGGCGCCAUCCAGUCACACCUCGCCAAAGACGGACCCCUGCAAGGAAGCUGAGAAGUCCUCUGAAAAAGGAGAUGCUGUCUCUCCUCGGGAAAAGAACGAAGACAAAGAAAAUAAGCCGGAUGACGUUAAGAGUGAAGAUGCAUUAGAGGGUCGGCUGAAUGGAGACAAAGACACUUUGGAUGAGAUGGAGGAGAACAGGAAGGAGGAAAAAAACGGAUUCAAGGCCAAGUUCAUGUUUAAUAUUGCUGAUGGAGGAUUUACAGAGUUGCACACCCUCUGGCAAACGGAGGAGCGAGCGGCACUCUCUUCUGGAAAAAUGCACGACAUCUGGCACCGUCGCCAUGACUACUGGCUGCUGGCUGGCAUCGUGACACAUGGCUACGCGCGCUGGCAGGACAUCCAGAAUGACCCCCGCUACGCGAUCCUCAAUGAGCCCUUCAAAACGGAGAUGCACAAGGGGAACUACUUAGAGAUGAAAAACAAGUUCCUGGCGCGUCGCUUUAAGCUGUUAGAACAGGCUUUGGUGAUCGAGGAGCAGCUGCGGCGGGCGGCAUACCUCAACAUGACCCAGGACCCCAGUCACCCGGCGAUGGCGCUUAACACUCGCUUUGCUGAGGUGGAGUGUUUGGCAGAGUCCCACCAACACCUGUCCAAAGAGUCUCUAGCAGGGAACAAGCCAGCCAAUGCCGUGCUUCAUAAAGUGCUGAACCAGCUGGAGGAACUCCUGAGUGACAUGAAAGCAGAUGUGACCCGACUGCCCAACAUGUUGUCCAGAAUCCCGCCGGUGUCGGCCCGCCUGCAGAUGUCUGAGAGGAGCAUCCUGAGCCGCCUCACCAGCCGAGGUGGCGAGCCUCCGCCGCAGCAGCCGUUCAGCCAAGGCGGCUUCAGCUGCUCUCAGAUGUACAGCAGUGGCUUCGGAGGGGGAUUCAGAGGACCAGGAGGACAGCCAAUGGUCAACUACAGUCAGAUGCCCUUAGGACCUUACGUCAGCGUGUCCUCGAACGGCCCCCCAAUCCCUACAAGCCAUUUGGACAAGAAAUCACUGGACUCUUUGAGAGAUGUGGCAACGCCUGAACUCAAGUCAGGAAAACCUAGCGAUGUCAUCUGCAUCGAGGACUAGAGCAGUGCUGUAUCAAUGACCUGAGGUCAGAAACUCCCAGGGAUGGAAUCUGUAUGGAUGACUGCUGUCCUUGUCUCACGCAACAUCCUCCUUUUUGUCUCCUGCUCCUCCUCUUCACACAAUCUACAAACCCACCUCUCUACGGUGUGACAUCAACUUUUUGAGUUGUGUAUCUAUCCUAAAAGUUGCACUUUUUGAAGAUCCUAUCGUAGGAUUUGAGUAGGGAUUUGUUUUGUUUGUAACAGACAGCUGCAGACUACAUACAGGAGGGAAACUUGUGCAGAUUUUUUUGGAAGAGGACUUUCCGAGGCCUGCACUACAAACCAAAACUCAAAGGGAAGUUUUGGAUUCUCUUCAUUGGAUCGAACUUUAAUCUUGUAAAAAAUAUAUAUUUGUUUUCUUUUUCCUGCAAGCUGCAGCUUUCUGAGUGUCUGUGCACCCUUUUGCUUUGACCUGUUCGCCAGCGUCCCCUUUACACUGUGACUGUGCUGCUUUGGAACGUUACAGAAGACGAAUUCAGUCAUAAUGUUUUGAUUGUUUUGAAAGGCAGUUUGCUCAGAAAUACUUUCCACAAACACGUGAUUCAUCCAUCAGUUAGAAUAUAACACUGAUUUUAAAGCAUCAGAAGCUAUUAGUGCAAUUAUUAUCAUCUGCAGGGCGCAGGUUGUCUCAAGACUGCCACCUGCUGGCUACUUGGACAAAUUUAAGCUGCAGCUUCACACCGACUGCAGCACUUCUGAAGGCUGGCCUCUUGUGCAGUAAAUAUUGAAAGCCUGCUGUUUGUUUUCCAUCACUGAGGUCUCAUAACAGUGAAACUAUGAACACAUUCAUGGACACAUUCAGGGAUGACGUAAGAUUGCAGGCUUGGCAUUGUGGAUGAAAAAUCAAACAGGGCAGAGAACCUUUUGGAGGGAAAAAGCAACGCAGUGUUUUUUUUUUUUGUUGUUGUUGUAGAAAACAAUAUUUGUGAUUCUUACCAUUUGAAUGUUAGUACGAUUUUAGCCGUAGAGCUUUGGGCCAUAACCAGGAAUGUCUCUGGUCCUCCGGCAGGGCUUCAAGACUCCUGAAUAAUGUUUUAUUCAGGAAUGUUCCCACUUCCUGUUUAAUUAUUAGGAAGAAAUAAUGUACUUUACGAUACCAUUCAGUUUAUUGGACCAAGUGUUCAUUUUCUAUCCCUUCCUGAAUGCAUUUCACUCAGAUGCUGAUUUUUGAUGUUCCACCAUGAUGCAGUUCAUGUUCUCUACUGUGGACUGGUGGUGCGACAGUCUUAACCUACCUUUGAAGGAGUUUUUGUCAAUCUUUAAAGAAACAGUUUUGCACAGAAACACUCUGAGUCGAUGCGUUUACCUCUAAUAUCUUCAGUUUUUGUUAUAUGAUUAUUCACAUUUGUCUUUGUUGAUUUCACUUGAGUUCAUUGUAAAUGUUCUUUCUGUGCUUAAGCAACUUUAAAUGUAAUUUUUAGUCCCAUUGGAGAAUAAGUAUGGCUUUAGGGCAACAUGUAAUUAGCAGAAUGCGAUCUGUAAAUGAUGCAAAUUCCAUUUCCGAUUUAAAAUCGUCUAAAAACAACGUAAAAUAAUUGAAACUGUACAAAUUUAGGCUCCUUCGAUUAAUCACUCAAACUCUCGGUUUCUCUAGUUUUACACGUGGGAUGUUUUUUUCUCGUGAUCCCGUUUAAAUAAGCAAAGCCUUUCCUGAAAAAUUACUGUAUUUAUAUGUCAGCACAUAAUCCUCCAAAACAUGAGUCAUUCUGUUUAAUAGUGCCUUUUUUAGUUGUGCAAGUGGAUACGCAAUCAUUAUUUUACAAAUGCUGGCAUUUGGACCAGAUGCUGACAACCAGCAUGUUUAAUUUGAAAUAUUCAGAGUAAUUUACAGAAAACAGAGUUUGGGGGAAAUGCCACUGUUGUAUAUUUACUUUUACACGAAUGUUUCAUUACAACAUGUUGCUGAUCCCAUGUAGGGAUUUCCAUCUGUUUGUUUUUUGUGCUCAGUCACAUGAGAGCUUAAAAAAACUCCCAGCCAUGUAUUGUUCGUGUUUGAUCUUCUUCUUCUUUGGGGUUUUUCUGUACUUCCUGAUUCUUUCUGUGACAUUGCACCAUAGAAUAUCAAAUUCCCCACAAUUUACAGUGUAAGAUCUAAAACUGUGGUUUUGAGUAGUAAACGUUGUGCAGUUUAACACAUUCAGUCAUAAUGCAGGCCUGACACAGCUUCAUAAGCCAACACUAGGAUGCUGAAUCUGUCGUGUCACUGACAUGUUGUCAAUAAAGGUUUAAAGUUACACGGAGCAGUUGCCUGCUUCAGCAGCCUGCUUUUGCUAGCGCUAACAACAAGCCAACACUAACAUGGGCCAGCUAAUACUAAAAUAAAACACAAAGUAAAAAGAUCCACAUUGUUAGACAAAAAAUAGUAUUACUUACAAGUCCACUAGCAACAAAGCUAGGUCACCAUCAGUCAAUUACUUAGUAUCCUCCUUUAGCUCCCUCAAGCUUGUGUAGGCCGUGCUGAUGAAGACGUUACUCUUACUUUUACUUCCAGGCUCCAAGAUGAUGUCAGCAAAAAGGCUAACUUCUUUUUCUUCUUGUGCUUUUAAUUGACGAUCGACAAACUAAAAAUGUUAACUGCUAGCAUUACAGCUAACAGCUGUAAAUGAGGUAAAGAGCUCCCCUAUAGAGUACCUACCUGCUCCACAAAACUGUUAAGUGCCAUAUCUGGCCAGUAGAGGGCUGCAGAGUGGUGUCAAAUGUGAAACUGGUCAAGUUUCGAACUCAACAACCACAAAUCAAUGUUAUAGGGAAACUUUGAAACUUUUUCUUAUUUUGAAAUACAUUUCUUGAGUCAGUAUGUGCUAAAAUGAGGCUUUACAGUGUUAAUGAAAGGCCACCCAGCCCCUUUCACCCCCUGUGGCCAGAAUAUUCCACGUCAGAGUUGCCGGUCUGGUUCUUUUUUUAAAUCAGCCAAUGUGCUUAUUUGAAUCACUACAUUUUUUAUUACAAUAGUUAUCAACCUUUAGAAAUAUUUUUUCUGUAUUUUUUUUACCACUUACAUAAUAUUUUACAUGCUUUGAGAGGAAACUUUAUUGAAAUCACGACUAUUUGGAUACCACCAUCAGAUAAACCUCAAACGCACGACGACAUUUCUCUUUGUUAUUGUUUAUCAGUGCUGUGAUUUUGUUUAUGCCGUUUAAUACUUGACCAUGACAUGUAAUGGGUUGCUUGAAUGAUAGAACCUCAGAAUUAUGUAAAUACUUGAACAUUUUUGUUUUUCAGAGAUAAACUUGUGCCAUAAGGAUGUUUUUUUGUAUAAGAUAAAAAAAAAGAUGAAUGUCCACUGAAGUGUGCUGCCAUUAACCUGCUCUGCGCACAGUAAGUGCUCAUCAAUCAAAACCCCAUUGUUUCCCUCUGGGGUGAUGACAACAAAAACACAGAACUUCAGUGAAAUGCAAUCAAACUGAAGUCGGUAUGAAUGUAACGUCUGUUUAAACGACUUCAGUCUAAUAUAAAUAUGUUAACAAUUUAUGUAUUUGCUUAAUACCAUGGCUUCUAAAGCUACCAAAAGACCCUGAGAAAAGGCACCUUUGCAGUGAAUGCACAGCAUGUGAAGCGUUUGACGGUUCACUUUCAGAAGGUGGCUGUGUAGAAAGCAUUUACAGACAAUGAGCAGUGGUACGGUUCUCAUAAUUGUGCUGUAUAGCAGCUGAAUGAAAAAAGUGAAUUGCCAUCUUUUUAUUUGUAUUCUGUGUAUUUGUUCAGUGUGUUUUAAUAAAUCUGGACUACUGUA